CGCUCAACCUUCUCCGCAACAUCAUACGCGGCAUUUCGGCCGACGUACCCACCCACCCUCUUCAGGACGGUACUGCGCUACCACCAGUUGCCCACAGCAGCAGGCAGUUUACUUGACCUAGGCUGCGGCCAUGGCCUCAUUGCGCGGGACCUAAGCCCUCACUUCAAGGUCGUCACAGCCGUUGACCCCUCAGCCGGCAUGGUCCAGCAAGCAAAGGAGACGACUUCGGACCCCAAGAUCGUGUUCCGUCAAGGCGCGGCUGAAGAUCUGGGUUUUGUGGACGUCGCUUCGGUCGACAUGGCCGUCGCCGGACAAGCGGCGCAUUGGUUCGAUUACAACAAGGUCUGGCCGAAUCUGGCCCGUGUCGUGAAGCCGGGUGGCACGAUGGCGUUCUGGGGGUACAAGGACAACGUGCUGCUUGGGUACGAGCAGGCGACUAAGGUCAUGGAGCGGUUUGUGUACGAGUUCGGAGAGGUGGCGCCGGGCGUCGAGGGGAUGGGGAGGUUCUGGCAGCAGCCGGGAAGAAAUAUACUCAGGGAUUUAUUGCGGAUUGUCGUGCCGCCUGAGAAGGAGUGGGGGGAUGUGCAGAGGUUGGAACAUGAGCCCGGGCUGGAGGGGAAUGAGAAGACGGCGUGGUUGAGGAAGAAGAUGACAUUGGGGGAGAUAGAGGCGUACACGAGGACUUUUAGUUGUUAUACGGAGUGGCAAAGGGCAUAUCCAGAGAGAAAGAGUAGGGUUGCUGGUGGAAAGGGGGAUGAUGUUCUAGAUGUGAUGUGGGAGUAUAUGAUUGAUGUUGUGCCGGAGUGGAAAGCGAAGGGCGAGACUUGGAGAGAUAUUGAAGUCGAGUCGGAUUGGGGGACUUAUAUCAUAAUGGCGAGGCGAAAGUAA